CUCCUGCCCCUGGAGGAGGCCCAGCACAGAGGGAGGAAGGACAGCAGAGCUGAAGCAUCUGGACAGCAGUGCUUGUGAGCAUUUCUGGAGCCCAAGCUCUUCUCACAGAGGGAGGAACAGAGCAGGCAGCAGACACAAUGGAGUCCCCCUCAGCCACUGCCCGCAGAGGGCGCAGCCCCUGGAAGGGGCUCCUGCUGGCAGUCUCACUCAUAAACUUCUGGAACCCACCCACCACUGCUCAACUCACUAUCGAAUCGGUGCCGACCAAAGCUGCUGAAGGAAAGGAUGUUCUUCUACUUGUCCACAAUCUGCCUGGAAACCUUUCUGGCUAUGCCUGGUACAAAGGGGACAGAGUAGAUCCCAAUCAACAAAUUGCAACAUAUGUGAUAGACAGACAAGAAAUUACCCCAGGGCCUGUGUACAGUGGUCGAGAGAAAAUAUACCCCAAUGGAUCCCUGCUGUUCCAGAAUGUCACCCAGAAGGACACAGGAUACUACACCCUACAAGUCAUAAAGACAACUUUGCUAACUGAAGUAGGAACUGGACAGCUCCACGUACACUUGGAGUUAACCAAACCCAACAUCACAGGCAACAACUCCAACCCCGUGGAGGACGAGGACACUGUAUUGUUAACAUGUGAACCUGACACUCAGGACACCACCUACCUGUGGUUGAUCAACAACCAGAGCCUCCAGGACAGCGCCAGGCUGGAGUUGUCUCUGGACAACAGGACUCUCACUUUAUUCACUGUCACAAGGAAUGACACAGGACCCUAUGAGUGUGAAACCCAGAACCCAGUGAGUGCCCGUCGCAGUGACCCAUUCUACCUCAAUGUUCUCUAUGGCCCGGAUGCCCCCACCAUUUCCCCCUCAGACUCCUAUUACCAUCCAGGGGCAAACCUCAGCCUCUCCUGCCACGCGGCCUCUAACCCGCCUGCACAGUAUUCUUGGAUUAUCAAUGGGAGGCCCCAGCAAUCCACACCGGAGCUCUUUAUCCCCAACAUCACUGCGAAUGAUAGCGGAUCCUAUACCUGCCUCGUCCAUAACUCUGUCACUGGCCUCACUGGGACCACAGCCAAGACUAUCACAGUUUCUGAUGAUCCAACACAAGGAAGUUCUGCUGGCCUUUCAGCUGGGGCUAUUGAUGGCAUCGUGAUUGGAGUCCUGGCUGGGGUAGCUCUGAUAGCUCCAGUGUACUCUCUGUACAUCUGAAAGACUGGAGGGUCAGGGCCACUCUGACAACUCCCCUAACAAGGUCGAUGAAGUUACAUAUUCUUCCCUGAACUUCAAUGCCCAGGAAUCAAAGAAACCAACUUCAGCCUCCCCAUCCCCAUCAGCCACAGAAACAGUUUAUUCAGAAGUAAAAAAGAAGUAACGCAACCU